UGGAAGCCAUUUUCGUUCUACGUCACCUAGGAAACUGAUAGGCUUCUGCUGAGCCUUCGCCACACAGUCAGCAGUUUCAAAUUUAACAACAGAUCUGGAACAAAAUGGCGGCCCCUGGAAGAACUGUGAUAGAACUAUCCUCACUACCUCUUCAGAUAUUUCUUUAUCUAAAUGUCUGGUACUCCAUGGUGUUUUGUGUUGCAGAAAUUUUACUCUAUAUCUACAAAGGUUCACUACUACCAUACACAAGUGCUGCGCUAACUGUAGAGAUUCUGCUGGUGAUAUUUUGGGCAUUUAUGGAAGGUGUCCGACUGUUUUUUGGGUAUAAAGGCAACUUAGCAGAGAGGUCCAUGGCUUUGAUAAUCUCUAUCGUUCUUGGCAUCCCUGUUCUAUUUAUUGAGCUCUUUGUUCUUCUGUGGCAAACUUACGUAUUGCGAAUUGAAGUAAUACUUGUGGCCAUUUCUCUGGCUUUUCUUGGAAUAGAGAUCAUUCUCAGUAUUGCUGCCAUGUUAACAUUCAAAAAGUAUCAAUCAAUACAGCGAUAAAUUUCGAUGACAGUACCACUGCAGUAGUCCAUCGUCUGUAAAUAUACUAGAGCAAAAGUUCCUUUUGAGUAAUGUACAUAUUAUUUUAGUGUAUAACACGUCUGCAAUAGAAAAGUGUAACAAG